AGCCGCAAUGUCUCGCGCCCAAGAUAACCCAGACAAAGCUCAGCGGCCUACGGCUGGGGCAGGUGGCCAAGGUGGAGCUGGACGCGGGCUGGGACCAGCAGCUCCGGCGCAGAAGAUAGCCCUACCCUCCGUCACCGGGAAAAAACCAUCGGGGGAGGCCGGGAAAGCCGUGUGCCCGCCUGCGUUACCUGGCCGGGAACUAAGAAAGCCGAGUCCUGCCAGUGCCUUCAAGGAGGCCGUCAAGGAGGUCGUCAAAAUGGACAAGGCAGUGGCUGCGGCUGCGGCUCAAAAGGCUCAGGCGCCCCCGAAGCCACUGCCACCGCCUCAGCCACCUACGCUUGGCCAGGACCGGAAGAAGGCGAGCCUCGUCACAGUCCCGGUGCCGCAGGUGGCCGUGAAACCCAAAAUUGUGGCAUCGCAACCUCCAGCAAAAUUGGCUCAGGAACCUGCAAAGUCCAAGCCCCAGCCAACGAAAGACCGCCGUGAAGGGAAGGAGCUGACCCGGGGCACUCUUACCCAACGGACAACAGAUGUGACGAGGCACGAUCAUGAAGAAGGUGAAGUCACUGUUAAAGAGAAUGAGGGCCCGGGCAGGACGUGUGCGACGGCGUCCGCAUCUAUCCGCUCCACGAAGUCGUGCACGGAAACGGUGAUGAAUGUGGCGAGUGCGCCGCGCACCGCUUCCAGCCACUCGCUCGCCGAUGCCACCGCCAGCAGGAGCAAGCUGUUCCUGCUGGCCUCUCAUCCAAGCUUGUCUCCAAAUAUCAAAGACCCUACCGUGUUGUAG